AUGUCCAACUCUUCACAUGGAGCGCAACAAUCUCAAACGCAGGCAAAACUGGUGCUGUUAGGAGACAUGGGCGCCGGGAAAUCCUCCUUGGUGCUUCGAUUCGUCAAAGGACAAUUCUUUGAGCACCAAGAGAGCACGAUCGGUGCUGCCUUCAUGACACAAACGGUGACGGUUGACGAUCAUGUGGUAAAGUUUGAGAUUUGGGAUACGGCUGGACAGGAAAGGUAUCACUCGUUAGCACCGAUGUAUUAUCGUGGCGCAGCUGCGGCGAUUAUUGUGUACGAUAUGCAAUCGCAACAGUCCUGGCAACGGGCAAAGAGUUGGGUGAGAGAACUGCAACGACAAGGAAACGCGAAUUUAGUCAUCGCUCUAGCCGGGAAUAAGAGCGAUUGUAAAGACAUGCGGAAAGUGUCGAAGGAAGAGGCGGAAGCGUACGCGGAGGAGCAAAAAUUGUCAAUAUUUUUAGAAACAAGCGCUAAGAGUGGGGAGUGCGUGAACGAUUUGUUUUAUUCCAUUGCGAAUAAGUUGCCGAAACAGGCGAGAGCGACGCCGCAGGAAGGAGGGCGAGGCGGCGUCGUUUUAGAUGCAAACGCGGGACAAAACAGACAAAAGUCGCAGUGUUGCUGA